AUGGAUUAUCCAACUUUCUUUAUCUUGAUGUCUUUCCUUUUAGCAUGCAUCCAUGCCUUCAGUACUCUCUUCAGUCGUCGCAACUCGCGGCUUCCACCAGGACCUUAUGCAUUUCCAAUCAUUGGAAACCUCUUAAAACUCGGUGGCAAACCUCACCAAUCUCUCGCCACACUCUCCAAAUGUUAUGGUCCCUUAAUGUCACUUAAGCUUGGAAGCUUAACAACCAUAGUUGUUUCAUCACCUCAUAUUGCCAAAGUAUUCUUUCACACACAUGACCGACUAUUCUCUAGUCGAGCAAUCCCUGAGGCUGCCCGAGUGGUGGAUCACCACAAGUUCUCUAUUGUUUGGUUGCCUGCCGGAGAUCAAUGGAGAAGACUACGAAGAAUAACAAAAGAAUAUUUGUUCUCGAUGCAAUGUAUAGAUGCUACUGAGCUCUUACGUAAAGAGAAGGUACGGGAACUUCUGGAACAUGUUGAUCGAUGUUGCAAAAAUGGAAGGCCAGUUAAUGUAGGUGAAGUUGCUUUUACCACAAUAUUGAACAUUUUUUCUAACGUGGUGUUCUCUACGGAUUUUGCUGGAUAUGAUUCCGUGUCAUCGCAAGUGUUUAAGGACAAUGUAAGGGCUUUGAUGGAAGUUGGUGGUAAGCCAAAUGUAGUCGAUUAUUUUCCAAUAUUACAACCGCUCGAUCCACAAGGUUUAACACGGUGGGUUUAUGCUUGCGGUAAGAAGUUAUUGACUAUAUUUGAUGAAAUCAUUGAUCAACGGACGGAAAGAAUGUCAAAUUUAUCAUUACAUGAUGACGUUUUAUCAUCAAAAAAUGAUGUUUUGGAGUCGCUUCUUCGGCUUAACUUGAAAGAUGAAUCCGAAUUUAGUAGAAAUGACAUGAGACAUUUCUUUUUGGACUUAUUUAUGGCAGGAACUGAUACGAUAUCAAGCACAUUGGAAUGGGCAAUGGCCGAGCUUAUACGCAACCCGGAGAAAAUGGAAACCGCUAGGUUGGAGCUCGUUAAAUUUACACAAAACCGCACCAAAAACAUACAUGAAGAAGAUAUUUCUCAACUCCCUUAUCUACAAGCUACUAUAAAGGAAACAUUUCGAUUGCAUCCUCCUGCCCCUUUUCUAAUCCCUCACCAAGCAAUACAAAAUGUAGACAUUCAAGGAUUCAUAGUGCCUAAAAAUGCACAAAUUCUAUGUAAUGUUUGGGCGAUGGGUCGAGAUCCAGACAUUUGGCCCAACCCAGAAGUGUUUAUGCCGGAAAGGUUUUUGGAUGUUGAGAUCGACUUUAAAGGACAAGAUUUCGAGCUCAUUCCAUUUGGCACUGGUAGAAGAAUAUGUCCGGGGUUAAAUUUUGCUCAUAGAAUGCUGCAUAUAGUGUUGGGAUCUUUGAUUCAAAACUAUGAUUGGAGGUUAGAGAGAAAUAAGAGACCAUAUGAUUUGGAUAUGGGAGAGAAAUUUGGACUUACAUUACAGAGAAAUGUACCACUCAUGGCCAUUCCAAUUAAACUAUGACAACAUAUUUAAUCAUUAUACUUGUCCAUUUUAUUUUUGAAAGAAUUUCAUAUAUGUCCCGUAUUAACAUCCUA